ACUCCAACCAUUAGGUGGAUUAUAACAGGCGCUCGCGCAGCUUCCAUAUACGAAUUGGUCUUCAUUUGCAUUAGAAAAUGGUUGUGGAAAAGUAUAGCAAGCUCGAACCUGAGCUGAAAGAAGAAUUACGGACGAUCGCCCAACAGAUCGUGACACCUGGUAGAGGUAUCCUGGCUGCUGAUGAGUCGACUACAACGAUUGGCAAACGUCUUCAGGACAUCAACGUUGAAAAUACUGAGGAAAAUCGUAGGGCUUACAGGCAAUUACUUUUCACUACAGCAAAAGAUGUUAUUGGACAGCACAUUUCUGGAGUGAUCCUCUUCCAUGAGACUCUCUAUCAAAAGGCCGACGACGGUACGCCGUUUGUCGAAUUACUGAAGCAACGCAACAUCAUCCCUGGUAUUAAAGUCGACAAGGGUGUCGUUCCUCUCUUCGGUACAGAUAACGAAUGUACAACCCAGGGUCUUGACGACCUUCAAGAGCGUUGUAUCCAGUAUAAAAAGGAUGGAUGUCACUUCGCUAAGUGGCGAUGCGUGUUGAAGAUCACGAAAGAUACCCCAAGCAAACUCGCCAUCCUAGAGAACGCCAACGUGUUGGCCCGUUACGCUUCAAUCUGUCAGAGCGCUAGGAUCGUACCCAUCGUAGAGCCUGAAAUCCUUCCUGACGGUGAUCAUGAUCUUAUUCGUUGUCAAAAAGUUACAGAAGAGGUUCUUGCGGCCGUUUACAAGGCACUCUCAGAUCACCACGUAUAUCUCGAAGGAACGCUGCUAAAGCCUAAUAUGGUGACUCCAGGUCAGAGCUAUUCGACGAGAGCGACUCCUCAGGAAAUCGGUGCCGCUACGGUAACAGCGCUGUUACGUACUGUGCCACCAGCGGUACCUGGCAUUACUUUCCUUAGCGGUGGUCAAUCUGAGGAAGAGGCAUCAGUCAAUCUUGACGCUAUUAAUAAAUACCCGGCAAAGAAACCUUGGGCAUUAACUUUCAGUUAUGGACGCGCUCUUCAGGCUUCCGUACUUCGUGCUUGGCAAGGCAAAAUCGACAAGGUCGCUGCCGGUCAAGAGGAGUUGCUUAAGAGAGCUAAGGCUAACAGUGAAUCGGCACUUGGCAAAUACACGGGUGGUGUGACUGGUGCUGCGGGAGACACGGCACUUUUCGUCGCUAAUCACGCAUAUUAGACUAAUCCAUAAAGAAAUUCGACACUAUUAGAAAUAUAAAAUUGAACAGUCAUUCGAGAUACCUCGUAGUAUCUUCGUCAUCAUCCCUUCCUUUGAAGUCACGAAAACGAAAAUGAUUUUUCCGAGGAUGAUCGCAGCGCAUACGAAGCGUCUGUUUCCAAGAAGAUUAAUUGUUCUUUUCUUGUUUUAAUAUAAAUAUUCUUAAUUUAGUAAUUGUUUCUUACGUAUGUAAUCGUAGAUUUUUAAUUGAGUUUUAACAAAUAAAUUUGUUAUGUUAAUUUAUAU